AUGAAGCCAUGGACUGGCUUUCCACUUGAGAGGAGGCACAUGGAGAACCCCGCGAAAUACCUCUCAGUGCACGAGAGCCACUCCGUCCCGUUACCUCUUGGGGAGAUUAUGUGGAACUCGACCGAAUCGGAGGCAACAUCCAACGGUGGAAAGGAAUUGGUCAUCCGGACAGUGACGGGCUGUUUGCUCUCCCUGCUCAUCCUGUGGACACUACUGGGAAACAUUAUGGUGUGCUCCGCCGUACUCCGAAUUCGGCACUUGCGAAGUAAAGUGACCAACAUUUUCAUCGUUUCUUUGGCUGUGUCGGAUUUAUUCGUUGCAGUUCUCGUGAUGCCAUGGAAAGCUGUGGCCGAGGUGGCGGGGUAUUGGCCCUUUGGUACUUUUUGUAAUUACUGGGUGGCUUUUGAUAUCAUGUGCUCAACUGCGUCCAUCCUCAACCUCUGCAUUAUCAGCGUGGAUAGAUAUUGGGCCAUAUCAAGUCCGUUCCGGUACGAGAGAAAAAUGACCCAACGAGUUGCCUUCGUUAUGAUAAGCGUCACGUGGACGUUGUCUGUACUUAUUUCAUUCAUACCAGUCCAACUGAACUGGCACAAAGCCAGCGAAGACGAAACAGUUGGAGUCCAUAACGCCUCCUUGGGUGAAGUAGAAGAAAACUGUGACUCUAGCCUCAACAGAGAAUACGCAAUAUCUUCAUCUUUAAUAAGUUUCUACAUACCCGUAGCAAUUAUGAUUGUGACAUACACGAGAAUAUAUCGGAUUGCUCAGAUCCAAAUCAGGAGGAUAGCUUCCCUAGAGCGCGCGGCGGAGCACGCGACAAGUUGCAGAGCCAACAACAGACUCGAGUGCCAACACCACAAUACCUUGAAAACAUCUAUUAAAAGGGAAACCAAAGUUUUAAAAACGUUAUCGAUCAUUAUGGGCGUCUUUGUGUGUUGUUGGUUACCUUUCUUUAUUUUGAACUGCAUAGUUCCAUUUUGUGAUAAACCACCGACUGACAAAGACGCAGGUCUCCCUUGCGUGAGCGAGACAACUUUUGACGUUUUUGUUUGGUUCGGCUGGACUAAUUCAUCCAUGAAUCCUAUUAUUUACGCUUUUAACGCAGAGUUCAGAAAAGCAUUUGCCAGUCUGCUGGGUUGUCGUAAUUUCUGCUCCAGAACACCCGUUGAAACUGUAAACAUUAGCAACGAGCUGGUCUCUUACAACCAGGACACCCUUGUCCACAAAGAAAUCGUGAAUGCCUACGUCAAUAUGAUCCCCAACGUAGUGGAAUGCAUUGAGCACGAGGACACGUUUGACAGGAUAUCACAGUUAUCUCACAACAAUGAAAAUGCCACCGACUCUGUUUGUGACUUGGAAGACUGUGAGGCAGAUAUUAGCCUCGACAGGAUGACACCAUUCACCCCCAAUGGUUUACAUUGAAUACACCUCGACAGGAUGACACCAUUCACCUCCAAUGGUUUACAUUGAAUAC